AUGGAAUCAGUGUUGCCUCCACCCCCGCCAUUUGCAUUUGUGAAUAAUUUGGACAAUGUAACAACAGGAAAUAUAUCUAAGGAGUGGGAAAAAUGGAAAAGUGCAUUUAUGAUCUAUUUUGAUGCAUGUGAGAUGAACAAAAAGGACCCAAAAGUGCAAAUAUGUAUUUUUCUACACAUCGUUGGUGAACAAUGUCGAGAACUAUAUGACCAGUUUAAAGACCAGUGUAAAGAUAUUACAAGCUUAAUAAAAAAAUAUGAUGAAUUGUUUUUGCUCAAGAAAAAUUUGACGGUACAACGACAUCACUUUUUUACUCGAGAUCAACUAGACGGCGAAACAAUUGAUCAGUACUCUCUUGAAUUACGCAAGUUGGCAUCAAAAUGUGAAUUCAAAGAUCUACUAGAUGAUUUAAUACGGGAUAGAUUGAUUUGCGGCCUAAAAGAAAAUGCACUUAGAGAACGAUUAUUACGAGAACCGGAUUUGACGUUACAAAAAUCAUUGGAUAUCUGCAACAUUGCACAAUUAUCUAAAGUACAUGCGGGAAACAUAAAAAAGGAAUUUGUGAAACACGAAGUUUACGCCGUUAAGAACAGUGAUGACGAUAAUCACCAUUGCAAUGAGAGCUCGUGUACAGCAAAUUGGAUAUCAAGACGCGGGAACACAUCAUCAAAUCAAAGCUUUCGAGGUACGAGUCGCGGGCGCGCGUCACGGCCCGUUGUGUCACGCGGGCAGCGCGUGCAACGGUUUGGUUCCGGGCAGUCUGCGCCGCCGAGUACUUACAACUAUUCAUCCGCUCAAAACUAUCAACAAGAACAACAGUUACAGUGUAGCAAGUGCGGCAUGACUCAUAACAUAAAUAAGUGUCCUGCUUACGGCAAAAGGUGUAUAAAAUGUAACAAACUAAAUCACUUUGCUAGAGUGUGUUUUAAGAAAAAUGUCUACGAAGUGCAAAGCGACGAGUCCUCCGAUCAGGUCAGUGAGACAGCCUGAUCGGUGGGGCUACAACACUUCGCCAAAUGAACAUUGAUGUAUCUUCUAUAGUUAAGUACACUAUAUUAAUAAUAAUAAGAAUGCCAGCUAAGUAAAAUAAGCUUGACACCUUGUCAUUUUUAAGAAACCUUU